CCUGCUUAAGGUGGGUCUGAUGUGGUAGUGAUCAAAUCGGGGUGCUCCUGAAGCCCACAGGGUGGGAGAAAGGGGGUGUUCCUGCAGCUGGGCAAGAGGAAGCUCUGGAUAGAUCACACCUGGGGGUUUCCUGAUGUCUCCCUGUUGCUUCCUGUGUCCUGCAGUAAGCAAAAGAGAGCUCUCUGCCUCUUGCCUUUCAUGCUGCUUGCUUGUAGCUGAUAUUAGAGGGAUGUCCAAAUACAGCUUAAAAGCAGCAGUUAUCUGGAAAGGGUUGUGGACCACACACUGCCCCAGAUCUGUUGUGCUCACAUAAUGGUGGAAUGGCUUGGGUUGGAAGGGACUCCAAAGAUAUCCAGCAGGGACACCUUCCACUAGUCCAGUUUGCUCCAAGCCCCAUCCAACCUGGCCUUGGACACUUCCAGGGAUGGGGCAGCCUCAGCUUCUCUGGCCAACCUCUGUCAGGGCCUCACCACCCUCACAGGGAAGAAUUUCUUCCCAGUAUCCCAUCUAAACCUACUCUCUUUAAUUUUGAAGGCAUUCUCCCCUGUCCUGUCUGCACCUCAGGCAAUAAGUGAUUCUUUAACCCACGUUCCCCUGCCAGCUCCGUGUGGCUGCCCUCAGUCCUUGUAGGAAAGAUUUCCCUCCUGGUCUGUUGCACUUCCAUGGGCUCAGAUAUCACCUGGAGCUGCCACUUGAGGGGACCUCAGACCCCCUCCUCAACAUGCCUUUUAUGCCCCCCCCAGCAGCGAGUUUUGCUGCCCUCUGUUAUUGCCAAAACCCUGCCACGAGCCAGAAUCCCCCUUAAACAACUUCCUCAGCAGUCUGAAGCCACCCACGUGCCUGCCCUGGGCGAGAUCCCUUGCCGUGGGCGCAACUGUGGCACCGAGGGGCACAAAGCCCUCCCGGGGGGGGCAGCGGAGCCGCCGGACCUGGGGCUGCAGUGGGGCCGUGGGGGCAGGACGGGGAGCGUGAGGGGCGGUCCGGCGGCCGCCAUGACACCCGCUCCGCCCGCCGCCAACCGGCGCCAUUUCCCGGCGGCCCCCGCGCGGGCCGGGCGCCCUCAGGCCGCGCUGCCGCCGCCGGCCGCGGCCCCUGCGGACGGAGCUCGGGGGUUGCCGCCCUGCCGUCGUUCCGGACCGCGCCCGUCCUGCCUUCGCCGGUAUAGAAACGCUGUUUGUUAUGUUCUGGAAACCCGCAGGGGGUUUCUCGGCGCUGCUCUGCGCAUGCCUUUUUGCAGCAUUUUGGAGCUAUUUCGAGCAUCACUACAGCAUUAAAAAAUCUGUUCAAAUAACGCAUGAGGCCUCUAAAUUGCUUGUUUUCUAGUGGCUGUUUCCCCAGAGCUGUAUUUGGGAGUACAAGGAGAAAGCAACUCAGCUAGGGGUUGUAUGUCUUUGCAGCACUUGAUGUGAAAGAGUUUGACUGGAGCAUGGAGCCUGUCUCCCCACUGGAAGCAGGGAUUCCUGCAGGAGAAAACUCACCUGUGCCACAGAAGAAAUUCCGUGUCUUGGUGGGGGUGACUGGAAGUGUGGCUGCUCUGAAGCUGCCCCUGCUCGUCGUGGAAUUGCUGAAAAUCCCUGGGCUCGAGGUGAAGGUGGUCACUACUGAGAGAGCAAAGCACUUCUACAACGCUCAGGAGAUUCCUGUCACCCUCUAUGGCGAUGAAGAUGAAUGGCAGGACCCACUCCUUGGUCUAGUAAUGUAUGUUUGGAAUAUGGCUUUCGAAGACCAUGACGUAAAUGAGGAAGAAGAAAGAGGCUGCCCUGAUGUACUGGAGGAUUUUGUCCCACCUCAGCAGACCCACAGCAGGCAGUGCUCUCUCACCACUCUGGAAUCAGCUACUCUGAGAGGAGUGUCAGGAAAUGUCAAGAAAGCCACUGCAGAGCUGUGGAGUGUGUUUUGUGAGGUGGGAUUGGUGAAGUGCCCGUUGUUCCCAGCGUUCCCUGUGAGGGUUUGGUGAUCUCCAUCCUGUCUCCU